AUGACCCAGUUCCGAGUGUCCAGUACCGUGCCCAAGCUACUGCUAGGUUCUAGAGCGAUUUCCGCCUUAUGGGCUCAUCGCAUUGCCGCAUCGUCACCCCACGCCAAUUACAAAAGGACGGUUGCCCAGCUUUCAGCACCUUUGGUGCCUCCUGGACUGAAAAAUGAGCCAAUAAAGAGUUUCGGCAAGGAGUCCACUGUUGACUGGGAUCUUUUACGAGAGUCAAUUAUCAAAUUGACCGACAAUGGCCCUCUGGAAAUCCCUGUGAUUGUUGGAGAUAGCGAAAUUUAUGCUGCCAGUUCGAACAGACUUGUCUACAACCAGCAUAAUCCUGGAAACCACGCCCAAAUUUUGGCCAAUGUAACUCAGGCAAAUGCUGAGGAUGUAAGGGUAGCUGUUGAAGCUAGUUCUGCUGCUAAAGAAGCUUGGUUAAACACUCCAUUUGUGGACCGUGCGGCGGUAUUUUUGAAGGCUGCCGAUCUGAUCUCUACAAAGUACAGAUACACGAUGUUGGCUGCCACAAUGCUUGGACAGGGGAAGAAUGUUUACCAGGCUGAGAUUGACUGUAUUGCCGAGCUUGUGGACUUUUUCAGGUUCAACGUGAAGUAUGCCCAAGAGCUCUACUCGCAACAGCCUAUUGAGUCUACUCCCGGUGUUUGGAACAGAGCUGAAUACAGACCUUUGGAAGGAUUUGUAUAUGCUGUUACUCCAUUCAACUUUACAGCUAUUGCUGCGAAUCUGGUGGGUGCACCAGCUCUGAUGGGAAACACGGUGGUUUGGAAACCGUCUUCCUAUGCCACGCUUUCAAACUACAUUCUUUUUCGCAUUCUUCAAGAGGCCGGAUUGCCUUCCGGGGUGAUCAAUUUUGUACCUGGAGAGCCUAACAUGGUGACUGAUGAAUUAAUUAAUGAUCCCAGGUUUGCCUCGUUGCACUACACAGGUUCGACUGCAGUCUUCCUGAAUCUGUACGCAAAAAUCACUGCCAAUCUAACCAGUGGGAAAUACAGAGAUUUCCCAAGGAUUAUCGGCGAGACCGGUGGAAAGAAUUUUCAUGUUGUUCACGAGUCAGCUGCUGUUGAAAAUGCAGCCCUUAACACUCUGAGAGGUGCUUUUGAGUACCAGGGUCAAAAAUGUUCUGCAACUUCCAGAGUCUACGUCUCGGAGUCUGUGUGGCCAAAAUUUUCCCAGAUCUUGCUGGAAAACGUAUCAAAAUUGAUUCCCACAAACACCUCUGCUGUCAAAGGUCUUCAAUCCUUUAUUGGCCCGGUCAUUCAUGAAAAUUCAUUCGAUAAGCUUGCUGACGUGAUUGAUCAAGCCCAAACUGACCCAGAGCUGGAGAUACUAUAUGGCGGACAGUACGACAAGAAGCAAGGCUAUUUUGUCCAGCCCACAGUAGUGAGAACUUCAAAUUUGGAACAUGAUUUUCUGAAACGUGAGUUCUUUGGGCCCGUUUUGACUGUUCAUGUGUUCAAAGACGCAGAGUACGAGUCCAUCCUAGAAUCGAUCGACUCCAACACGAAUUAUGCAUUGACAGGCUCAAUUUUUGCGAACUCCAGAACAGCCAUCCGGUUAGCUGAGGAAAAACUGAGAUAUUCCGCAGGAAACUUUUACAUCAACGACAAAUCCACGGGUGCUGUUGUCGGCCAGCAAUGGUUUGGCGGUGCGAGAAUGAGCGGCACUAACGACAAGGCUGGUGGGUCUAACAUACUGACGCGUUUCACGUCGAUCAGAAACGUUAAGGAGAACUUUUAUGAAUUGGCCGAUUAUAAGUAUCCGUCCAACUUCUAA